UUGUGAUCGAUAUUUAAAUUCCAAGGUUAGAUCAAGUCGCUUACACACAAGACAAAUUUCUCCCUUAUCGAGACACAUUUUGUCGCCAUGAUUUGGUUGGUGACUGUGAGCCUGCUGUUGACUGUCGGGGGUUGCUAUGGUUACACUGGUUGUACUGACACCUCACUGCAGUACCAAGGUUACACCUACACAAUAGACCCCACCACUCAACAGAAAGUCUGGUCUCACUGCGGCUUUCCCAAUCCCAGCUUUGACUACGCCCUCUGUGGACUGGCCUUCACCUCAGGGGAACACUUUCUCUGUGACCCGGAUGGACUUCUUACGUCACAAAUUGAUGCCAUUGAUUUGGCCUUACGAAACAUUCAAGCGAAUACUUCCACUCUGUGUACCAGUGCUGAUGGAAGUUCAGAGAGUUUUACCGUGUCAAUAGCCCUUAUUAAUCGAACACGCAUCGCAGAUCUGUCGUCUGCUAGUCUGUGUAUUAACAAUUGUGGAGAGCUCCAACCAGGAACAAACCUCACAGCCAGCUCUUUGUCGGAUGGUCAGAAGACGGCAAUUGCUGAAAACUUUGGUGACUAUCUAAGGACAGGGUGGGGUUUCGGUUCCUGCGGAAAUGACGUCGUAAUUUUUUAUGCACAGGAUUUAAAUAAGGUUCAUGUAGCGGUUGGAUACAAAGCUACCGGUCUCGUAACCUCAGAUGUCAUUGAUUACAUCAAAACCACGUUUGUGUCAUAUAAAAGCAACGGACAUUUAGCAGAAGGUCUUCUUGUUAUCGCAGAGAAGCUGCGCACCACGCUGCGCGGUGUAACUCCCGCCCACGUGCUUCUGAUUUUGAACAUGAUUGUGGUCGUUUUAACUGCUGUGUUCUUAGUGUUUUUUCUCCACCUCCGCUCUGUCGAAUUCAAUGUCUGGGGCCGAGAGGGACUUUGGAAGAUUCCAGAGUAUUUUUUCUACCUUAUAUCUGGGGUGUGGAUGAUAAAUGGACUUUUAUAUGGUGUUAUUUAUGUAUCCAACAAAGCACCAUACUGGGCCACCUUCUUUUCUGGUAUAAUGGGACUGGCUUUUAUUGUUUUGUAUAUAUUUGAAGAACAAAUAUUUGACACGUAUUCCAACAGUGGAUCCUAUACUCUUAACAUUACAUCAUAGAUGGUUAUUGUGGACUUUUUUUUUAUAUAAGUCCAUGCUCUUUGAAACAUUUUGUUUAUAUAAAAAAUCAUUUAACCAUUUUAACGUUUUGUCAGGCUCCAUAUAGAGAAAACGAUAUGUAAAGUGCACGAAGUUUUAUUUAUUAAUAUUAUAUUAUCUAACUUUUUUUAUUUGUAAAAUUUUGAUAUACAUGUACGUUUGUAUACUUUCAUAUCAUUCAUACAUGUAUCCGACAGUGUCAUUUUAUGGCAAACUUGAUAAUAUGAAAGUUCCGUCCAUCUUUCUAGUUGUUUAUUUCAUUUUUACAUCAUUCUAAUAUAACAUAUCAAUUAAUGAAUGAAUUUCUGAUCACAUAAUUAUUUUAUUACCUUUUUACAUUGGAUGCUGGUCAUCCUCUCUAUCCAUGUUAGAGACUAUAAUUAGUUAA